AUGCAGAUCUUCGUGAAGACCCUGACCGGCAAGACCAUCACCCUUGAGGUCGAGUCCAGCGACACUAUCGAUAACGUCAAGUCCAAGAUCCAGGACAAGGAGGGCAUCCCCCCGGACCAGCAGCGCCUCAUCUUCGCGGGCAAGCAGCUGGAGGAUGGUCGCACGCUGAGUGACUACAACAUCCAGAAGGAAUCCACCCUGCACCUGGUUCUCCGUCUGCGUGGUGGAAUGCAGAUUUUCGUCAAGACCCUCACCGGAAAGACCAUCACCCUUGAGGUCGAGUCCUCCGACACGAUCGACAAUGUGAAGAGCAAGAUUCAGGAUAAGGAGGGUAUUCCUCCCGACCAGCAGCGUCUGAUCUUCGCUGGUAAGCAGCUGGAAGAUGGCCGCACCCUGAGCGACUACAACAUCCAGAAAGAAUCCACGCUCCAUCUUGUCCUUCGUCUUCGUGGUGGUAUGCAAAUCUUCGUCAAGACUCUUACGGGAAAGACCAUCACAUUGGAAGUCGAGUCUUCCGACACGAUUGACAACGUGAAGAACAAGAUUCAAGACAAGGAAGGAAUCCCUCCGGACCAGCAGCGUCUCAUCUUCGCUGGCAAGCAGCUGGAGGAUGGCCGUACCCUGAGCGACUACAACAUCCAGAAAGAAUCCACGCUCCAUCUUGUCCUUCGUCUCCGUGGUGGUAUGCAGAUCUUCGUGAAGACCCUCACUGGCAAGACGAUCACUCUGGAGGUGGAGAGCUCGGAUACCAUCGAUAACGUCAAGAGCAAGAUCCAGGAUAAGGAGGGUAUUCCUCCGGAUCAGCAGCGUCUCAUCUUCGCUGGCAAGCAGCUGGAGGAUGGGCGUACGCUGUCCGACUACAACAUCCAGAAGGAGAGCACUCUCCACCUGGUCCUCCGCCUCCGUGGUGGAAACUAA